AUGUCCAGGAAACCUGGCUUUUGCUCCUCACUAGAGGAUGCCCCUCUGGCAGCCUUCCUGACUUCAGCGCUGGGAGCCUGUGUUCUGCGCCUGGAGAGACCCCUUCUGCUCAAACACCGGUGGUGCAACGCAGCAGACACGGAGAUCUCACAGGAGAUGCUGGGAAACAGGCGAGGCCAAAACCCAGUGGCCGGGCAGCCCCUCUGGUCCCUGAGGCGUCAGGGCACCGCGAUGCCCUCUGCUGUGCUCACCCUGGACCACGCGUCAUCCAGCAAGCUCUGCCCGGCUCCCACACUGGGUGCUGCUGAGGACACAGGUUGGACUGGAUUGGGUCCGGUUGGACUGGAUUGGGUCAGGUUGGACUGGCUUGGGUCAGGUUGGACUGGAUUGGAUCAGGUUGGACUGGAUUGGGUCCGGUUGGACUGGAUUGGGUCAGGUUGGACUGGAUUGGGUCCGGUUGGACUGGAUUGGGUCAGGUUGGACUGGCUUGGGUCAGGUUGGACUGGAUUGGAUCAGGUUGGACUGGAUUGGGUCCGGUUGGACUGGAUUGGGUCAGGUUGGACUGGAUUGGGUCCGGUUGGACUGGAUUGGGUCAGGUUGGACUGGCUUGGGUCAGGUUGGACUGGAUUGGAUCAGGUUGGACUGGAUUGGGUCCGGUUGGACUGGAUUGGGUAUGAAACUACGCAGGCCCUGGGGGAGACGGGCGUCUCCAGCUGCCGAUCGAAGUUUACAGGACUGGUUCCUUCCCCCUUUCCGCGGGAAAAGAGGCUGGUGGAGCUGGGGCCACUAGCUAGACUGGAUGAGGAUGGCGCAGACCCCCGGGAAUCCCUGGUUGAGGACCAAGCCUCUUGGCCGCUUCUCUUUGGGAGAAUGGAGGUGGGCGAGCCUGAUGAGGGCCGUGCAGGAAAGCCCAGACACCGGCACCAGGACCCGCGGGCCAGCGUCCGGUCCCGAUGGGUCAUGCGCCCACGCCGCGCCAUGCACAGCAGGUUCCCCGAGUCAGGGGUCUGUGUGGACAAGAGCAGGGGCACAAACAGUCUCCGGCCGCCAAAGCCCCGGCCAUCCCGCCUCAGCACUCGGCUCCGAUAUUAUUGGCAAACACGGCAGGUCCAGGCGCCCGGGCCCCAGGAGCCAGGAGACGAGCCGGGCCUUGGGGAACCAAGGGUGCCCACUCCACCCGGGCAGCGAUCUGGGUUCCAAGUGCUCAAGGAGGACCGCGCAGGAGAGAGCCUCGAAUACCCGCCGAGGCCGCCGGACCGGAGGGGCCGGGAGGAGGGAGGACGAAAGGGGAAGGACACGCCCGAGACGCCCUGCCAAGCCUGGCAUCUUUCGGGGUUUCAAGUGACCGGAGGUCCCGAGGUCUGGAGGCACCCCAGGGACCCGGCUCCGGUUGUCGCGUCCUCCCACCCCCAACCCGGGCUGGGACCGAAGAAGCCCGGGAAGCCGUGUCUGGAAAGUCUUGACCGGGUCAAAAGGGCUGACAUUGAGCGAGCCAAGACACGUUUCACCCCGCCGCUCCCCUCCCGGGGGAAGCCGGACUUCCGCAUCUUUGAAAAUAUUGUCAAGUGCGGAUGUUGA